AUGGCCCCAAUCAACCUUUUCAAGGCACUCGCCUUUGCAGCUACAUGCUUUCACGCUGUGGCGUUGGACUUGCGUCUAAACCCUGGUAUCAAUGCCCGCCAGGAUGAAGACCGCGUGCUCCCAUCCCGAACUACCAUCACCAUUCCCUACCUUGGAAGAACCACGACUUCGACUGUCAUUACCCAUUGCGGCGUUACGACAGUCGUUGUUGAGACUCCCUUGGACCACUACUUCCACUCCUACCACAACCUCUACCAGAACCACCACUCCAACAACUACCAGAACCACUACUUCAACCUCUACCAGAACCACCACUCCAACAACUACCAGAACCACCACUCCAACAACUACCAGAACCACCACUUCAACCUCUACCAGGACCAGCACUUCCACCCUACCACUUCAACAUCUACCAGAACCACCACCUCAUCAUCUACUAAAACCACCACUUCCUCGUCUACCAGGACUACCACCUCGUCAUCUACUAGAACCACCACCUCGUCAUCCACCAGGACCACCACUUCCUCGUCCACCAGGACCACCACUUCCUCAUCCACCAGGACCACCACAUCCUCAUCCACCAGGACCACCACCUCGUCAUCUACCAAGACCACCACCUCGUCAUCUACCAGGACCACCUCAUCUACCAGAACCACGACUUCAUCUUCCACCACCACCACCCGCCCCAUCCCAACACCAACACCCGGCGGCCCAUGCUCCAUCAUCAAACCCGGCUGCUCCGCCGCCGGCCUCAACAUUGACUACUACUCCAACCCCUUUGCCGGAUACAGCCGCCAAGGUAGCUUGCCCUGGUCCUACUACAUCACGCAGCGCCUGCGCCCGCUCGCCUCGUCCCUCACCAACGUCGCCUUUUUCCCGCAAGACUUCGGCCCGCCCGCGUCCUUCCCCAAGGUGUACCCGAACGCCCAAUUCCCCACGGCCUGGUACGCCGUGGGCUGGAAAAAGCUCACCAACGGCGGAAUCAACGUCGACGCCAACAACUUCACGCUCGUCUACUCGGGAUUCUACCGCGCCGCCGAGACGGGCCGCCACUCGCUGUGCACGACAGCCGAUAAUGAAAACGACGUCUUCUUCGGGCACGGGAAUGCGUUUAGCUGCGUCAACGGCGCCGUGGAUACGAGCGUCACGCCUCUGGUGGUGUCGACGGGCGGCAACUACAUCAACGGGCUCAAGUGCGCCGAGGUGGACUUGGUCGCGGGCGCCUGGUACCCGCUGCGAAGCGUGACAGGAAACUGGCAGGGCCCGUCGGCGUUUAACUUGACCAUCAAGACGCCGAGCCAGCCGUUUGAGCAGCGACGGAAUGACUUUUCAGGCCGCGCGUAUCCUCACAACUGUGGAUUUCCUCAAUCUACAUCCAGUGUCUCCCUGUCCACCUCCGCCACCGGCAUCAAGGCCGUGUCAAACGCACCCAUGCUUAGCGCCCCCAACCAGUCGCACUUUUCGUUCAAUCGAAAUGGCGAUGCUGCACGCCAGGCCUCGAACUCAUACGACUUUCUUCCCUCUGUCAACUUCGACGACCUCCAUGCUAGUAUCGAAUCCGCAUCCACCGAUUUCAAGCUCACCCAGUUUCCCUCUCCUACCGGGGCUGGUAGCAUCCUAGACCCCAAGGCCAGGGCCGCCGUCGAGUCCUCUGACAGGAUGAGCUCCGCGCACACCGCCGACAUCAGCAAUCGAGGCUACAUUCCAUCAGUGACAACCGCGACCGCCACACGCGCUGCACGCUCCACUUCCAUAAUAGGCAGACCAACCACCUCAAGCCGGCAACCUAGCACCUCGUCAAUUGCCUCUUCAUGGUCAGCCUCGGGGGACAGCCUCACCGCGCCUGCCCCGGUCCGUUCGCGUCGUCAGAGCCAGUACCCCCCGGUUUCGAAUGCCAACACAACCGCGAAGCCGCCUCGCAAGUCGGUAGGUCCUGGCAUUUUGGUUGAGUGCGAUGCAUACUCCAGUGCCCAGCGCCGUCGGCCGAGCAUUGUCUCUGACCGUGGCUGUUCGGAUUCAACCUGGACCUCAAUCGAUGGUCCAGAUUCAGCCGGGCCUUUCAAUCCAUCCCGAGCCGCCAAAGCCAGAUCUGUGCAGCCUCCCCCGCGAGCUGCCCAGCCUAGCCUAAGCGCUUAUGGCGUAGAGUCGAACCGUCUGUCUUUGGCCACUCGCUCGCCACGUCUCAAUAUCAAUAAUCGCGGCGGCCUUGCCGCGCCUUCAACCGGAAACAAGAGAACCUCUAUGAUGCCUGGUACAGGCCACUCUUCGCAUGCCAGUGGUUUGGGAGCAAGGACCAUCAGCCCAACUGACACCCGCCGUAUGAAGCGCAUGUCCAUGAUGCCGCCGCAACCAAUGAGCCAAUCCAGUACCAUGCCGCCUCCACCCCCAGUGUCCAUGGACAACAGAUCUACCUCAAAGUCGCCUUCGCUUAAUCCGAGAAAGCCGUCUCUCACGCCAUCCUCGGCUCGUACAACUCCGGAUCACAGCCGAAAAUCUCACACUUCUGGUCUCUCCGUUGGCUCCACCGGCAGCUUCUCCUUCGCCCAACAAUCAUCGACUAGCUCAACGCAGCCACGCAACCAGGUUCCGGCUACUAACUCGCGACUGCCAGCACCCAAAAAUGCCAUCAACUCCCAGAGUAGUUCUGGGCAAAAUGAGGAAGACGAGGAUGUUCCCCCUGUGCCCGCCAUUCCCAAGGUUUACGAGUCACCAAAGGACAACGCACCUGCUGGCCCAUACUUUUUGGACAAGAAGCGAUCCGCUCUCAGCUCCGUGGAAACUCUGAGCAUACACAGCAACUCAACUGGUAGUAUCUCACUACCAUCUCUACCUGAGCCUGCAAAACCCAAGCGUCGUCCCAGCGCGAGGAAGAGCUCAAUUGCUACAUCUAGCCAAGAUGAGAAGCAGACCAGCCAAUCCAGGAAGCAUUUGCAGCCUUUGACACUCCCCGCUCUAAAUCUUGCUCCCCUCAGCAUUCCAACCGCGGCCAAAGUGGCAGCAUUGCGGGAUCAGCCUCAGAAAGAGCCUCGAUCUAGCCCACCAGUCACUCGACAGGUUCCCAAAACGCCGACAACUCCAAUGACCGCCUCCAAAAGCUCCUUCUUUCAGAACCGAUAUGACGAUACCAUGGAGUUGCCCGCCUUGAGAAGCAGCAGCACCGUGCAUCAUAGUCACCGAAAGAAUGUGUCUCCUCCAGAUGCUGCCUCCUCCGAUUCGUCGUCGAUAAUCAUUCAAGAACCCAACAGCAAGUAUAGCAUUUCGCCUUUUCUGUCAUCAUCCCUUCCCAAGACUGGAUAUGACUUCAACGGCCAAAAGCGAUCCAAAGCUAGUGGCGAUAAUGUAACCGUCACGGGUAACCUUACCGAAGGCCGCUUUUCCAAGAAGUCGGUUAGCAAAUCAAUCGACACCGCCAAGCAUGUACCAAAAUCUCCAGGUCCACCGCCGACUCCUGAUGAGCCCGCAACGCCUUCGUCCAUGAGCUCACUUCGACGCAAACUUAGCCUUUCUUGGAAACGCAGUGCAUCUAAGAACCACGGCGAUACAGAUGAUACUGGCGACAGAUCCCCCAAGGAGACAGUUCCCCGCUUACCCGCCUCAGCAACUGCCAGCAACUUACACAAUGUCAAGACACGGAGCCCAACAGUAUUGGCCACCACGAGCACUAACAAUGAGCAGCGAAUACGAAAGAGCUCUGCUCCAAGCCAGACAAUGCUACCGCACUCUAAAAGUGAUUCAUGGGGUAACCGCAACGAACCCGACUACUCGGCCUUGAAGCCCCUCAGCCGAAUCGUACACUCGACGCACAAGAAUAUAAAAUCAAAGAGCUCAUCGACGACCCUGCGACAGACUAGUUCCUACACCGCGGACGAUCUUGAUCAAUAUGAUUUAGAGGCCAAUGCUGAGAUGCGCAAGAUCAGCGCCCGACGCAAGGAGACAGAUAUUGCCGCCCGAACUCUGGAUGCUCUCAAAAAGAGGGCAACGCCAAAGGAGCGUGUGGGUCCUCAAGAAGCCAUUCGCAUCGCUAUGCUCAACAUCUACGAACGAGGCGAGAUUAUCGACUAUAACGAUGUCUACUUUUGCGGCACUCAAAGUGCUCGUAAAGUGGUGGGCGAUUUGCAAGCAUCUGCCCCCAAUUUUGGCUAUGACGAUGAACGCGGCGACUACACCAUUAUUGCUGGAGACCACCUGGCAUACCGCUACGAGAUUGUAGACGUCCUCGGAAAGGGUAGUUUUGGACAGGUACUGCGAUGCAUUGACCACAAGCUCGGAAAGCUGGUCGCUAUCAAGAUGAUCCGCAACAAGAAGCGCUUCCAUCAGCAAGCUCUUGUAGAAGUCAAUAUUCUGCAAAAGCUUCGCGAAUGGGAUCCUCAGGAUAAACACAGCAUGGUUACCUUCACGCAAAGCUUCUACUUUCGUGGGCAUCUCUGCAUCUCGACUGAGCUACUCGAUAUGAACCUGUACGAGUUCAUCAAGGCACAUUCAUUCCGCGGCUUUUCUCUCACCAUUAUUCGACGUUUCACCAAGCAGAUUCUCAGCUCUUUGAUACUGCUCAAGCAGCGCAAGAUUAUUCACUGCGACUUGAAGCCAGAGAACAUUCUGCUCAAGCACCCUAUGCGUCCCGACCUCAAGGUAAUUGACUUUGGCUCGAGCUGCUUCGAAAAUGAAAAGGUAUAUACCUAUAUCCAAUCUCGUUUCUAUCGAUCGCCUGAGGUGAUAUUGGGGAUGACGUAUGGCCUGCCAAUCGACAUGUGGAGUGUUGGCUGCAUCCUGGCUGAGCUCUACACUGGUGUGCCCAUUUUUCCUGGCGAGAAUGAGCAGGAGCAACUUGCUUGCAUUAUGGAAGUGUUUGGACCACCGGAGAAGCAUCUAAUUGAGAAGAGCACCCGCAAAAAGCUAUUUUUUGACUCGAUGGGCAAGCCUCGCUUGACAGUAUCUUCCAAGGGUCGCAGAAGACGUCCGUCAUCCAAGACGCUGCAGCAGGCACUCAAGUGUGACGAUGAAGCGUUUGUCGAUUUUUUGGCUCGCUGCCUUCGCUGGGAUCCCGACCGUCGUCUGAAGCCCGAGGAUGCUUUAUGCCACGAGUUCAUUACGUGUCAAAAAAUGGCGCCUGUGCCGCGCAUGCCGACAAGAGAGUCGUCGCCAGUGAAACGAAAUAACACCAUUACCAUGUCGAGGCCUCUGCCGGAUCCCCCCAAGAGUCUGGGGACGCUGCGAACUGUACCGAGUCCGACCAAAGGUGCGAUGCCUCUAAACGGGGCAUCGAGACGGAUUUCUGGGGCGACGGGUGCUACGGCGGCGAGCCUCAACCGACGUACCAGCGCAGGACCAGGUAGCGUGACAUCCUCUAGCGGGCUGCCCCGAAUCACAGCUCGCUCGGCCAGUGGAAAGCCCGACCUGGCUGCCGCAGGUGCGUCUGCGGCCAUGAACCGGCGAGCCUAG